ACAUGAGAUUCUUAAUUAAUCAUACAUAUCUUACCAUUUUAAUUAGUUAACUGAUUUCCUUUUGAUUGCAUUUACUUCGACGCAUGAUAGUAGUCGGCGUAAUUUCAACAGUACCUUGACACGCCAAAAGCUUCACGUAAUUUGCUGUCGAAGAAGAUCUAUCGAUUCCACGAAUUUGGUGACUUCUGCCGAUUCUCCCGUUUGAAUUCUGUGGAAUUCGCUGAGAAAAGUUGCGGCGGAGGCUGAUUUAGGUUAAAUCGAGCAGAAUUUGACCAAAUUCGAGGAUUUUUAUCGGUAAAAAGAUACAGAGAAAGCAUAAUUCAGCAACUUCAGAGCUCAAUUCCGCUUCUUCAACCAUCGAAAACCACAAUAUCUCUUGAAUCAGCUGCUACAAGUCGCAGAUCUGAGCUGCUAGCCAAUUUUUGCGAUAAUUCCCGCGCACAGAUUAGUAAUAGAAUAAUUUAAAAAGAAUUCAAAAACCGUCGAAGCUCUGUCGUUCAUGGAGCUUCCUCAACCUCGUCCCUUCAAAACCCAAGAAUUUCGCACAGGGAGAAAACCAACACAUGAUUUUUUAUCGCUCUGCAGUCAUUCAACCGUCCACCCAGAUCCAAAGCCAACACCACCACCUUCUUCUCAAGGUAGUCACUUGAAAACCCAUGAUUUUCUUCAACCGUUAGAAUGUGUUGGUGCUAAAGAAGACGUAAGUAGGAUUAACUCUACCACUACAGCGUCCGAGAAGCCACCGCCCCCUGCUCCACCUCCACCGUUGCAGCACGUGCUUCCCGGUGGUAUAGGGACUUAUACGAUUAGCCCCAUUCCUUACUUCCAUCAUCAUCAUCAGAGAAUUCCUAAGCCGGAGUUGUCACCACCAAUGAUGUUCAAUGCUAAUGAGAGAAACGUUUUGGAUGAGAAUUCUAACUCUAAUUGCAGCUCGUACGCCGCUGCAUCAAGCGGGUUCACUCUGUGGGAUGAAUCUGCUUCUGGGAAGAAGGGACAGACAAGGAAGGAGAAUAGUGUUGGGGAGAGAGUAAACAUGAGAGCUGAUGUUGCAGCAACUGUGGGACAAUGGCCAGUGGCGGAGAGACGGUCCCAGUCUUUGACAAACAACCAUAUGAGCGGUUUCAGUUCUCUCUCUUCCUCUCAAGGGUCUGUGCUUAAGAGCCAGAGCUUCAUGGACAUGAUAAGGUCAGCAAAAGGAAGUUCACAGGAAGAUGAUUUAGAUGAUGAAGAAGAUUUUAUCAUGAAGAAAGAAAGCUCCUCGACUAGCCAGAGCCAUAGAGUGGAUUUGAGGGUAAAAGCAGAUGUGAGAGGCUCUCCUAACGAUCAAAAGCUGAACACACCUAGGUCUAAACAUUCUGCUACAGAGCAACGGAGAAGGAGCAAGAUCAAUGAUAGAUUUCAGAUGUUGAGACAACUAAUACCUAACAGCGACCAAAAGCGGGAUAAGGCCUCCUUCUUACUAGAGGUUAUCGAGUAUAUUCAAUUCUUACAAGAGAAAGCAGACAAGUAUGUGACCUCUUACCAAGGAUGGAAUCACGAACCUGCGAAGCUAUUGAAUUGGAGUAACAACAACCAACAGCUAGUACCUGAAGGAGUUGCUUUUGCUCCAAAAUUGGAAGAAGAGAAAAACAACAUUCCGGUUUCGGUCCUUGCAACUGCACAAGGUGUUGUUAUUGAUCAUCCAACAACCGCGACGACCUCUCCAUUUCCAUUGUCGAUUCAAAGCAACAGUUUUUUCUCUCCUGUGAUUGCGGGUAAUCCCGUACCCCAGUUCCACGCAAGAGUCGCAUCAUCAGAGGCUGUAGAGCCAAGUCCGAGUUCCCGGAGUCAAAAAGAAGAAGAAGAUGAGGAAGUUCUUGAGGGUAACAUCAGAAUUUCAAGUGUUUACUCACAAGGAUUAGUGAAAACACUGAGAGAAGCAUUGGAGAAUUCAGGAGUGGACUUAACGAAAGCAAGCAUCUCCGUUGAAAUCGAGCUCGCUAAACAAUCCUCGUCUUCUUCCUUCAAGGAUCAUGAAGUUCGUGAACCGGUUUCUCGAACCAGAAACGACAAUGUCAAGCAAACUCGGAAACCAAAACGGCUCAAGACGGGACAGUAGAAGUUAUAAAAACAAAACCCAAACACACAAUCCGGUAAAAGUUAAACACCAAAAUUGAUUCCUCUGUUUUUUUCUUUAAAUCAUUUUAUCUCAAAAAGGGAUUAUAAUUUAUUAUUAUAGUUAUAUCUUUGAUUUUUUUCUUUUGUACAUCCGAAAUCCUGUUAUAUAUAUCUCGUGGGUCCAUAAUCGUAUGAGACCUAAGAAGACUAGGGCGACCCGGUUAUGCUAACCGCAUUUUAGAACAUACUCUUUUGAGGAAUAUAUCGUUAAGGAAGGCUUUCAAAGUUUUCUGGAAGCGUCCAGUGUUAAGUGAAAACAUUUUUCACUCUCUUAUAUACUUGAUCAUCUCACACUUUUUAUAUUUGUUUCUUCCUCUUACUUUGUUCUAUGGUUUUCAAUGUAAUACUAGAUAUCUUUUAUGUAUUUGACUAAACCAAAGCGCAUGAACGAUUUUGAAAAAGAAAAAGAGAAACACACUUAAUUAUAAUGCCAAUCAAAAGCCUGUAUGACCCAACUCUCUAGGACAAAGUCUGGAGCACGGCAAAAAGAUUAAAUCAAGUGUACUUUAGCAACAAGAGCUAUCUUGUACUAUUAUUUAUGCAAUGUUGUUAGCAAAAUAAUCAAAUGUUAUGUGGGGUAUUAUAAGAUAUGCC